GUUGAUGGCGCGAGUACACGCGACACACGAGAGUUGAUUGCGCGACUUGGUGACUGUGACUGUAACUGCGACUGCGACUGCGACCGCGAGUGUGAUUUCAACUCGCUUAGUGUGUAGUCUGAAACUUUUGCGCGCCGUCGUGUUUGAGAAUUGAAAACAAUUGAAUUUUGUUCUAUACUUUUUUUGUUGGUGCUCGAAUAAAUAUUAAAAUAUAGAAAAACACACACACACACAAUUGAGUGAGCUGUGCGGCAUGCAAACUGUGCGGCAUUGAAAGUUAAAGUUGAAUUGUAGCCAGAGCAAAGUUUCACACACAAAAGUUUAGUUCGAAGCCUCAAGACGUCGUCGCCCGGGGCCAUAAUGCUGGUGCCGUCGGACAUGAUCGCGGCACAGUCCAAGAUGGUCUAUCAGAUGAACAAAUACUGCGCGGAUCGGGUGCAGGUGCGCAAGGCGCAGAUACACAAGCAGAUCCAGGAGGUCUGCCGCAUUGUCCAGGACGUGCUCAAGGAGGUGGAGGUGCAGGAGCCGCGCUUCAUAUCCUCGCUGAACGACUACAACGGGCGAUUCGAGGGCCUCGAAGUGAUCUCACCCACAGAGUUCGAAAUCAUCAUCUACCUCAAUCAGAUGGGCGUGCUCAACUUUGUGGACGACGGCACGUUGCCGGGCUGUGCGGUGCUGAAGCUGAGCGAUGGACGCAAGCGUUCCAUGUCGCUGUGGGUGGAGUUCAUCACAGCGUCGGGCUAUUUGUCGGCGCGCAAGAUACGCUCCCGCUUCCAGACGCUGGUGGCCCAGGCGUGCGAUAAGUGCGCCUAUCGCGACAUUGUCAAAAUGAUAGCGGACACCACGGAGGUGAAGCUGCGCAUCAGGGAGCGCAUCAUAGUGCAAAUUACGCCCGCCUUCAAAUGCGCCGGCUUGUGGCCCAGAUCGGCCUCCCACUGGCCGCUGCCCGGGAUCCCGUGGCCGCACCCAAACAUUGUCGCAGAGGUUAAGACUGAAGGCUUCGAUAUGCUCUCCAAGGAGUGCAUUGCGCUCCAGGGCAAGAACUCCGCCAUGGAGGGCGACGCCUGGGUGCUCAGCUUUACGGACGCCGAGAAUCGCCUGCUGCAAGGUGCCAGUCGCCGGCGUUGCCUUAGCAUAUUGAAGACUCUGCGCGAUCGGCAUUUGGAUCUGCCGGGUAAUCCGGUGACGUCGUAUCAUCUGAAGACGCUGCUGCUGUACGAGUGCGAGAAGCAUCCGAGGGAGAUGGAGUGGGAGGAGAACUGCAUUGCGGAUCGGAUAAAUGGCAUAUUCUUACAGUUGAUCUCGUGCCUGCAGUGCCGACGCUGUCCGCACUACUUCCUGCCCAAUAUGGAUCUCUUCAAGGGCAAGUCCCCGGGAGCGCUGGAGAACGCGGCCAAACAGGUCUGGCGCCUAACGCGCAUAAUGCUCACCAAUGUGCGCUGCCUGGAGGAGCUCUAGGUCCAGCCAGAACUGGGGUUAACACCACUACACUAAGUAGCGAUAUGAUGGGUGGGCUGGGGAGGGGAGGGGGGCAGGUUUCUUUUCGUAAUAUGAACACACAGAAUUAAUUUUUU